UUCUGUUCCCCAGAGUUGGGGGAAGGUUCUUAGGGCCGUGGUGAGAGGUUGGACAGGAAAGACGACCGGGUCAACAAUUUUUUGAUUGACUGUGCGGUGCCUUAGUCUGUGCUAGGGAGCAGCUUUAGCACGGAGCCAGUUCGAGCCCAGCCCUGGGUGGGGAGAUGCCCUUCUGGAUGGCAUGGCUUCCCCAUGGGAACCCAAAUGACUUCUCUUACAGGGGUGAACUCCCCUCCCAUAUGGUGCCCAGAUUUUGUUCUGUGAAAUGGGGUCAGGGCAGUGACCCUCAGAGCAGAGUUUCUCGAGGUGGCUGGAUCUGGGGAAACGCCUACCAGGAAAGGAGAGCAGCAGGGUGAGGGAAGACCCCGGAAGAGGGGGAGCCAGCAAGAUGACCACCGCUGUGGAAAGAAUGGCACACAAGCAAAACAACCCCCUUUCUGCAAAAGUGCUGAGCUGGUGGAAUUUAGCUCAGCGGCCACGAGAUCGGGGCAGUAGAUAGAGCUCUGCGGGCGCCUGGGCUGUGUGUGUGCAGGUUGUUGUGUGUGGGGUCCGGAAGAUGAUGGAGAGCACAGGAGCAGCACCUGUGGCACCCCCUCCACCAGGCUGGCCUCCACGCUUCCCUGGACCCAUCACCAGUCCACGUUCUUGGAGGCAAGCCCCCUUCCUCCAUCCACUCCUCACGAUGUCCAUGAGGAGUCCCGGCUCUGCCCAGCUGGCCCUGGAUGACGCUGGCACCAUGGUGAACUGUACCGUCAAGUCAGAGGGGAAGAAGGAGCCCUGCCACGAGGCCCCCCAGGGCUCGGCCACCGCAGCUGAACCCCAGCCCGGAGACCCAGCCCGGGUCCCCCAAGAUGGUGCUGACCCUCAAGCUCCACCAGGUGCCCAGCACUCUGCUAGGGGCUCCUGGGAUAGCAGCUCCCUGGAGAGCAGUGGGUCCCCAGAACCCAAGAGACCAGGAGGCCCCGAGGCUGCUUCUGGAAGCCAGGAGAAGCUGGACUUCAACCGAAAUUUGAAAGAAGUCGUGCCGGCCAUUGAGAAGCUGCUGUCCAGUGACUGGAAGGAGAGGUUUCUGGGAAGGAGCUCUGUGGAAGCCAAAGACGUCAAAGGGACCCAGGAGAGCCUGGCAGAGAAGGAGCUCCAGCUUCUGGUCAUGAUCCACCAACUGUCCACCCUUCGGGACCAGCUUCUGACGGCCCACUCCGAGCAGAAGAACAUGGCUGCUAUGCUCUUUGAGAAGCAGCAGCAGCAGAUGGAGUUGGCCCGGCAGCAGCAGGAGCAGAUCGCUAAGCAGCAGCAGCAGCUGAUUCAGCAACAGCAUAAGAUCAACCUCCUUCAGCAGCAGAUCCAGCAGGUCAACAUGCCUUAUGUCAUGAUCCCAGCCUUCCCCCCAAGCCACCAACCUCUGCCUGUCACCCCUGACUCCCAGCUGGCUUUGCCCAUUCAGCCCAUCCCCUGCAAGCCAGUGGAGUAUCCGCUGCAGCUGCUGCACAGCCCCCCUGCCCCCGUGGUGAAGAGGCCUGGGGCCUUGUCUGCCCACCACCCCCUACAGGAGCCCUCCCAACCCCUGAAUCUCACGGCCAAGCCCAAGGCCCCCGAGCUGCCCAACACCUCCAGCUCCCCCAGCUUGAAGAUGAGCAACUGCGGACCCCGCCCCCCCAGCCAUGGGGCCCCCACGCGGGACCUGCAGGCCAGCCCUCCCAGCCUGCCUUUGGGAUUCCUUGGUGAAGGGGAUGCUGUCACCAAAGCCAUUCAGGAUGCCCGACAGCUGCUGCAUGGCCACAGUGGAGCCUUAGAAAGUUCCCCCAACACCCCCUUCCGUAAGGACCUCAUUAGCCUGGACACAUCCCCAGCCAAGGAGCGGCUGGAGGAGAACUGCGUGCACCCACUGGAAGAAGCCAUGCUGGGCUGUGACGUGGACGGCUCCCGCCACUUCCCUGAGUCCCGGAACAGCAGCCACAUCAAGAGGCCCAUGAAUGCCUUCAUGGUGUGGGCCAAGGACGAGAGGAGGAAGAUCCUUCAAGCCUUCCCAGACAUGCACAAUUCCAGCAUCAGCAAGAUCCUUGGCUCCCGCUGGAAGUCCAUGACCAACCAGGAGAAGCAGCCCUACUACGAGGAGCAGGCGAGGCUGAGCCGGCAGCACCUAGAGAAGUACCCUGACUAUAAGUACAAGCCGAGGCCCAAGCGUACCUGCAUCGUGGAGGGCAAGCGGCUGCGGGUGGGCGAGUACAAGGCUCUGAUGAGGACCCGGCGCCAGGAUGCCCGCCAGAGCUACGCGACCCCCCCGCAGGCCGGCCAGGUGCAGAUGAGCCCCUCAGACGUCCUGUACCCUCGGGUGGCGGGCGUGCCUCUGGCACAGCCCCUGGUGGAGCACUAUGUGCCCCGCAACCUGGACCCGAACAUGCCUGUCAUCGUUAACACCUGCAGCCUCAGGGAGGAGGGCGAGGGCACGGAGGACAGGCACUCAGUGGCCGAUGGCGAGAUGUACCGGUUCAGCGAGGAGGAGGACUCGGAGGGCGAGGAGAAGAGCGACGGGGAGCUGGUGGUGCUUACGGACUGAUCCCGGCUGCGUGGGCCUGGCCACCCUCCUCCCUGGGGAGGACCUGGCCCCAGGACAGGGGGACACAGCCACCUACCCUGGACUGUGUUGGUACUUGGACUUGGGCAUGCCCGGGAGAGGGGCACAGCGGUGCAUUUGUAGAUAAUGUUCACGAUGGGGAGAUGCCCCCUCCCCGCUGCCCCGUGGGCACACCUGAGGAGCUGAUGGCUCCGCUUGGUGGUGAUGGGCUGAGAUCAGGGCCCAUGGGGCUUGUGACCAGGGGACACCCAGUGACCCUCCCUGCAGGUCUGCCCACCCUGAGGGUGUGGCAGCUACAGACAUGUCCCCUUGGGGCCACAUGCUUUGUUUCCAUUCUUGUCCUGGCGGGACCAGCCACCAUGGGACCAACACAACCGCCCCCCCACUGCCUGUGGGGGGCCCCCCACCCCCCGCCUGCAGUACCCUAGAUUGCUCUUCUGCCAUGAGGAUCACUUUGUACUUUGUGCAGAAAGGUCUGGGUGUCCUCGCCGUCUUUAUCUUCCGCCAAGCCUAUCGUGCCUCUGGCUGCUGUGUGUGCAUGUGUGUGUGUGUGUGCGCGCGCGCGCGCACGUGCACAUGUGUUUUCAUCUGUUCUUUCAUUGCACAAGGUAUUUAUUGAGUGCCCGCUAUGUGCCAGGCACUGUCGCUGAGUUCCUGUGAGUGUGUCUCUGGAUGCCAUUCUCGCUUCCCUGGGGGGGCCCUUUCCGUGCUUCUCUUCGUCCCCUAAUUGCUACCUCUUUGUCAGUCUGGGUGUCUCAGGUUCUGUGUGUCCUUGGUGCAUUUCUCUCUCUGUCCCUGCCUCUCUGGAGGGCCUUUCUUGUAUCUCUGCCUUCCCAGGUGUCUGCCCUUGCCCUUUGAUGCUGGCCAGGUCUCUGCCCUCAGCCCCCCAGCCUCCUGCCUUCCCCUUCGCUCCCUCCCCGACCCAGCCUGUCAGUUCCCACGGAGCCAUUUUUAGCUCCCAGCAGCUUGGGAAUGUGCUUGGCCUCCAGGGGGCUCUGGCCUGGUGCCCCUGCCUCUGGUCCCAACCUGAGUGCCAGGAAUAGGGGCAGGAGGACGGAGGGUGCCCUCUUCUGUCCGUGACAGAAGCCCUGGAGAGGGGGUGCUUGUGGCAGCUGGUUGCCACUCCUUGAGCAGGGGUGGGAGGGCCCCAUUCUUGGAAGGGAGUGGAAGGAGAAAAGGGCUUCGGCUUUCUCUCCAUCCUCUCCCACCCAGCUCGCCCCCGCCACUCCUCUCCCCUCCCCCACUCUACACCAGAACUUGCCUCAACCUCUGACCCUUUUCACAAGACCUUUGCCCAAGAAAAUCCAAUCCCAUUGGCACCUGACUCCAAAGAUCCUGAACAGCCCCUAAUGGGGGGCCGGGUUGGGGUGGGAAGGGAACCCCAGUCCCACAGGGACAGAGUCUGUCCGCCCCCCAACCUUCUCCCCUUCCCUUCCACUUCCCCAAGCCCAACUUCUCUCCAGGCUGUUUCUUUUUUUUUUUUUUUUGUAUGACUGUAAACAUAGAUAGUGCUUUAUUUUGUUAAUAAUAAGAUAAUGAUGAGUAACUUAACCAGCAUAUUUCUCCUGUUUACCCUUGGAGGAAUUGUUUGUUUUCUGUUGGCAUAAUAAAGACAGACCAUUUCA